GGUACUCAACGCGCAGUAACCAGUAUACUCGCAGAAAAGGAUAUCCGUAUUAAAUUCCCGAAGUGCACCUAGGGUCGAGUUAUCAAGACUUAUCUCACGUUUAUUAUUUUUCCUCGACUUUUCCUCGGCCUUCCUUAUUCGCGUACGGCUGUCGUCCAGUCGCACGAGGGAGGGAAAAAAUCCAGACUUAUCUCCCGAUUUUUCUUUUCUUUUUUUUUUUAAUUGUUCUUGGCCUUCAUUCCUACACGCGGGGCUUUCGAGUCGAGUCCUUCGAGGGAGGGAAGAUAUAUGUGCCCAUAAUUAUGAAAGUGUUCUAAGUCAAAAUUAAAAAAAAAAUGAGUUUAUCAGUUAUUUCACCCCAUAUUAUUUCAAACGAAAUUAAUUCAAUGUAAUUUCGAAACAAAAAAUAUAUGACUUAGACCACUUUCAUAAUUAUGGGCACAUAUGGGGAAUAUCGAACGGGUGCGCGACGGGACGCGUAAUUGAACUUGACCGGGGAAACUUGUCGGGCUCUCGGCCACGGUUUAUCAAUAAAUUGAUAAGCCCCUUGUAUCGAUAACGCUCGCUCUACUCCUCGAGGAUUCAGCCCUCGGGUGGGAAGUCGGAGACGAAGUGCUCCAUUGACGGGCCUCCCGAGGAGAUUGGCUCAUUCGUGAUCGCGAGAUUCGCGUCCAUGACGAGGCGAGGACGUUAAGGCCUCGGCAAGAUGACCGGCGUCGGUUCCUCGAGCCGCAGUUGGACGUGCGACGCCGUUAAUAGGAGCGAGGCUUAAAAGUCGCAGCCUCGGCCGGUCGCGCCCCCUAAAAUCCAUCCAAGAGGAAGAAAAGUCGAGAUAAAUCCGCGAUCGAGUCGCCAAAUGGACCGGCGCUCGAGAGGAUCCACCGGAAAGUCACCUGGAAGCCUUCCGAAGGAUCAGCUGUCAAAGUCACGUGGUCCCGGAGCGCGCAGUUAUCGGGCAAACCUGACCUAACCUAAUCUACCCGUCCAGACGAAAAUCGUCGGAUUUUGGGGACCCAGAGGAUCGCUACCGAUCCCCCGAUCGACGUCGAGGUCCAGCACAAGAGGAUCGAGGUCGGCGACAAUCCCGAGGAAUUAAUUCCACCUGUCAAAGUCCACGUGGCGCGUCACGUGACUCCAAGAGAGAAGAUCCGAUUUUUCGCCGGUUCGAGGGAAUCGAAAGAGGAUCCGAUCUCGAGAGAUAACGAGGCGUCGCGGGCGUCCUUUGACGUCGCCGGAUGUCGCCCUGGUCGGCGCGUCGGAGGGCAAGGUGACCGGAAGUCACGGGAAGGAUUCUCCUGGACUUUUCCUCGCCGUCCUUAGAUGAGCCGGCGUCCGAGGGCGUCCACGGAUCGAUCAGUCUCCGAGAGCCGUCGAAACGCCCCCGACGCCAGCGUCGCGACGGCGGAGCCACGUUGGAUGCCAGUCGACAGCCGGAGGAGACAUUCGAUGCGCCGACGAAGGAGGUGACCGGUUAGGGGAACCGGAAGCCAGGUGACCCGGUCGGCAGGGGGUCACGUAGCAGGUGUUGGAGGGUGCCGUGGGGGGUGAGGGCGCACAGGGGGGCCGCGUGGCCGUGGAGAUGGACUCGGUGGCUGUGACCGUGCCCCUUCGGCCCCCGACGAAGAAGAUGAAGAAGCGGAAGGAACUCGACGCCCUCGCGCCGCCCCACGCGGUGUCCAGGAGGAACUCCGGGAAACGCAGCUCCCAGGAAUUGCUGACCGACAGCAGCGACGAGCGCUCGGAAUACUGGACCGUCUCGACGAGGAGCGCCAGGAAGACCCGGGGCCGGAGGAGGCAGGCUUGUCCAGGUCUCCUGAGGGCCUGCAACGCCUUCCUGGUCUGCACCUCGGUUCUAGCCACCGCCACCUUGAUCUGGCUCUUCAUCGACGUGCGUCAGCAGCUCACGGCUCUCAGAACCGAACUGGAUCAAGUGAUAGCUGGAAGCGAAGGCGUGCCCGAUGCCCUGCAGAAGUGCCACUCUUUGUCGAGGGAUCUCCAGAAUAACCAGACGAUCAUAUUCUCACACUUGUCCGAUCUCAAGCUCCAGAUGAACAAUUUUACGGCACAAUUGUCUGGCAUGCAGCACGGUUUGCGACAAGUUCAAGAGACUCUUCAGGAUUCCCCGGAACUCGCAAGCGUGCCAAAAGGGUUGAACGAGCUGUCCAAUACCGUUGCUCGGUUCGGCAGUCAAAUUCAGGACCUUGGAGUCACGAUCGCCACCUUGAAGAGGACCAACGCCAAGCUGCAGGAUGCUCAAACCACUAUGCGGCAAAACAUCACUGAUCUCAAGCACUCGUUGGACGACAUCUCGGAAAGGUUCCAGUCGCCCCAGGCGUUGGCUACCAAUGGAACUGAAAUAAAAACGGAGGAACUUAAUGCGACGAUAGCGCGAUUAACGAGCGAUCUAAAUCGCGUCAAUGAAACCCUUUCGACCAAGCUCCAGUUGAGCGACGACGAUCGGAAAUCCCUGGCCGAGCUUCAGAACCUUACCCAGAGUAUGAGCACGAAGGUGACGUCCCUCGAGGGAGAAUGUGCCAAAGCUACCGAGCAGGCAGUCAUUUCGGAGCUGGUCAACAAAUUGAAGGACCAGCUAGCGGAAAUACGAGCCAUGGAUCUCGAAGUCAACGGGAAGCUGAAACAGUUGGAGCAGUCGUAUAACGCUUUGAGGAACUCGUCCGCGCCGUUAACGUCGACGGGUAUUAAGAAUAAGCAGCAAGGGGUCAAAUCAAAAGAGGAGGGAACGUCCAGUCGUGGUCAGACAUCGCCGGAAUCUACAACGGCGACUGGUCGUGGGGUCUUAGGAAGUAACGAGGAGUCGAGGAACAUGUCUUCGACGACCAAGCCGAAUCAUUGAAUCCGCAGUCGCUGUUGGGGAGCAGUACCUCGUCAAUAAGGAUGAACCUAGCAGGAAAUCGCGUUUACUUGUACAUAAUGGAUAAUUAAGUUAACGCUAACGUCGUAUACGUAGGCAGUAGGAAGUGGUCGCGAGUUUUGGAGGGCAUUUGCGCGUCUCUCCGGCGACGAGUCACGAGAAGGGAGGAAAGGCAUUCACGAUUAACUUCUUCUCUUCGCAAGUGCUUUCGCGAAGAUAUCCAAUGCAAGGUGGAGAGGAACGAGGAACGAUCAUUCCUGCGCGAGAAUAACGCUAGGUUCGAGGUGUAAUUUAUUUACCGGUCAUUUAAGGUGAAGUGAAACAUCCUUCAAAUCAGUCGAUUCGAAUACAACACUUUUUUUUAAGAGUAUAGACCAAACUGUCCGAAACUUUGACACGU